GUUUCAAACACGCACGGUUGUAAAUCAAAUGUAUCAGAAGUGUAUGAAACCAAAGCUGAUGCAGCGUUCGGUUUGUUGCCUUCCAAUUUGUCGCUCCUUAUCAGUUUUCCUUCGACCAAAAGCAACUUCAGUUCUGUCGCCUACAAUAAUUUCGUUAAUUGUUUACUGUAGAUCGUGCACACUACAUAGAUAUAGACACAUCAUAAAUAGGGACAAUUCCUUAUUCGAGUGUGUGGUGUGAGGAAUUCCGAAGAAGACAUGAUCGGAUGUUGAAGACACCAAUUUCUGCUCAGAUGUGGCGAUUAUGCUCCCUUCUUUUGCUGCUGUCCUUCACCAUCCUGCCGUGCUGGUGCAGGAUGGAACCGCUUCCCACCGAAGAUCCGUGCGACAAGCCCGACUGCUACCAUAGACCGGAGACGGAUUGUCCUGCCGCUACGGACAUCUGCAGGUGCAAAGUGGAUGCCAUCUGCAAGACGGCCGUCAUCUGCUGCGACGUGGACGCUUCCGGAUUAUCCGAUGGAUUAGCCUGCGCGAAUGUGAACCGCAUAAACAUCUCUUCGAUUCACAUUAGGAACGCCACCCUGAGCACCCUUAACCUCUCCGAUUACACUACGUGGCGCGGUCUCGUCUCGAUGGCGUUCACGGAUGGUAAUAUCACUAAUAUAGUCGGGAAGUUCGUCAAGUUUGCGAGCACCUCCUGCUUGAAUUUCUCGUCGAACGGGAUCAACCGGAUCGAGGAUCGUGCUCUGGCCAAUCUCUACAAUUUGAGGGAGCUCGACUUGUCCAAUAACAAUUUGACGGAUGUGCCGCACUUUAAGAAAGAGGGAAUCGUAUCUUUGGAUAUUUCAGAUAAUAAACCGAUGUUGUGCACGAGUCUGAACGAUACAAUAAGACGCUCCGACAUUCAAUUUAACAAUAGGAACAGAACUUGGUGUCUGUCCUCGAAAACCUUCGACUGGUUCAAUUCGACUGAGCUGGUGCCUUUGGAGCAGAUCGAGCGUGUCAACGAACUGAGGAAGGACUGCACGAUAAACUGCACAUGCCAACCAUUGAGAUUCGAUAUCGUACCUGGAAAAUCGCCCAUAAUCAAUGUGUACGUCAGUUGCACGUCGCAGCAUCUCACGGAACUUCCGUCGCCGUUGCCCCCGAACACGAAGGCUCUGAAUGUCUCCUUCAACAAUAUAACGUCUCUGCAACCAGUCAGCAAGGAUCCCUCUUACCAGAGCCUGAGCGAACUGUACGCCGAUCACAAUGAGAUCACGUCCAUUCUGCCGCUCGAGGGAAGCAAAUUCAUCACGAACUUUGUCGCGCUCAGUCUCAGUCAUAACAAAUUGGAAAAAAUCGAAACCUACGUUCUGACGAAUAUCUUCGAUAGGAAUUACAAUUCGCGACGAGUCAAUCUCGGACAUAACAAAUUGCUCUGCGAUUGCAACACAGCCAAAGUGCUGAAGGUAUGGCUGAUGACGAAGCAAAAGCAUAUUCCCGAUUACGAUCAGAUCGACUGCGAGAAUAUGGAUAUGAAGGUGAGCGAUCUGGACCCGUCCAAGCUGUGCCAGAGCCAACACGACUGGACCGAUUACAUCUACUACAUAAUAGCAACCGAAGUAUUGCUGCUAGUCUUCCUCAUCGCCAAAGUAUCUUACGAUUAUUGGAUCUUCAAGACUGCCGGAUACCUUCCUUGGCCGGCAAGCAAAAUGCCCAAAUUGCCGUGCGAUUGGUUGUGCGAAUAAUAGUCAUAACUUAACAUAAGCUUCUCAAGCUCUUCUCAUCAUCUAUUUUCUAUCUAUACAUGGUUGUGAUAUUAUCUUAAUGUAGGGCGCGUCUGCUGCGGACGGCGCAGUCUAAAUGACUCUAGUGUAAAACUAUGAGUUUUGAGAUCUCAUGAUUACUUUAUAAAAAAUAAUAUAAUCCAAUUGAAUUUGUUAAAAAAUCAAAUUAGAAAGAAAAAAACUUCAUGUGCCAAUCAAUUGAAGCUCGAUUACGGCCAAAGAACACAUAAAUACAAUAUGUGGAUGCACGAAAAAUAUAUAUUUCAAUUUGGAUUAUUGAAUGAAAAAAAAGAAACAAUUAUGAAAUUGAUUUUAUUGUCUAGCUUAGCUAAUGCUCGUGCUGAUGAUUUGAGCUAAAACAGUAUGUAUGUUUUCGAACUGAGCCUAAUGCGUGCCUCUGUCCAAAAAGAUAAAAAAGAUAAAAAAGAAAGAUUCUAUGUGCCUUA